AUGGGAUUUUCGCUGACAAACGCUCAUGGUCUAUGGAAAGAGUGGGGGCUGCAGUUACUCGUCCUCUUCAGCUUGUUCCUCCAAUUGACCCUUGCCACUCUGGCCAGUUGGAGGAAAUCCAUUUUCAGGAACUGGAUCCAAGUCGUGCUCUGGACGACGUACCUUUCGGCGGACUCCAUCGCGACUCUUGCGCUCGGCAUCAUGUCGAGCCGCCUGGCCAACAUGAAGGAAACAAAGGGGACAAUCGAUACGAAGAGCCAGAUCAUGGCGUUCUGGGCGCCGUUCCUCCUCCUCCACUUGGGUGGGCCUGACACGAUCACCUCGUAUGCCCUGGAGGACAACGAGCUAUGGCUGAGGCAACUGGCGCGGCUUUGCGUCCAGGUAGGACUAGCGUUUUACAUUUACUUCUUGGCGUUGUGGGGGUCUACACUGUGGAUAUUAGCGGCGGGGAUGAUCCUGGUGGGAUUCAUCAGAUAUGCAGAGAGGACAUUGUGCUUGUACUUGGCUAGCGAAGGUCGACUUCAAGGUUCAAUGCUUCCGCGGCCCGAUUUCGGUUCCGUAUACCCCAGGAAUGUGGCGCGGUACACUCUGAAGAAAGAGGAGGGUUACCGGGUUGGAAUCGACGAGCUCACGCGGAUUCCGGCUCUGGAGGAUCACUCAGUGAAGGACUUUCAAGCGACUCUGGACAAAGCCUAUGAGUUGUUCAAUAUCUUCAAGCUUCUCUUUGUGGGCCUGAACGUCAGCUUUGUCGACCUGGGCGUCAGUCGGCCCAUGUUCAAGGGCCCAGAUAUGAAAGCAGUGAAGGCUUUCAAAAUCGUGGAGAUCGAGCUCGGGUUCAUGUACGAUCUGCUCUACACCAAGGCCCCGUUGCUGAACCGUCGCUGGGGCAUCAUUCGCUGGGUCAUCAGUCUCUUCCUGCCGUGUGCCAUGUUGGUAUUCUUCUCCUUCCACGAUAAGAAGGAUUACUCCAAAGUUGACAUAUGUAUAACUUUCUCGCUGAUAAGUGGGGCUAUACUUUUAGAGAUUUUCUCGCUAAUUCUAGCAAUUUCAUCCGAUUGGGUCCAACACUGGCGCAUUCAGAGACCCAAGGGAUCCGCCAUUUCAUCAGCCAUCACCUUUUUCUCUUUCAGCCGGAGCCUGAGAUGGUCAAGAUGGUCAAAUUCCGUGGCCCAGUUCAGCCUCUUGGGAUCAUCUAUGAGGAAGAGAAAGGGCAUCUUCCGCUAUCCAAGGCUAGCCAUGUUGGGCGACGUUGUGGAAAGGAACUUCUAUAUCGAUUACAAAGAGUUGAAGGAGGAAAUCAAAGAACUGAUCUUCAAACAAAUGACGGAUGUGGUCACUUAUAUGGAAAAGCAAGUAGGAUUGAAGAGCGCAUUGGCGAGUCUUAAGCUGGAGGCGAGCGAACUACUGAAGAAGUCGAACUGUGAUCAUCUGAAAUGGAGUUUGGAUGAGAAGGAAUUUGACCAGAGCAUCAUCAUAUGGCACAUCGCCACUGAGCUAUGUCACUAUGAAGACUGCCACAGCGUGGACUCGGACGAGGUCAGACUACAUGAUGAGUAUGUUGGGAUGGGGGUGCUCCGAUACCAAGACACGUUGGUUGAAGUUCAGAAGUUCUUCGAGGACGAGCUAGUGAUGCUGCCAAAGAAGAAAGUCAACAUCUUAUCGGUCAUCGAGUGGGCGCAGAAAUUAUUCAAGAAAGAGGCACAUGCUCACUCCCGUUUAUGCAACUGCUUCGAGGAGCACGAGUCGAGAGAGUCUCGCGAUCUGUGCGAAGUCUGCUAUCUUCUGCUCCAAGUGAGAGCUGACAUCCCUGUGUGGAAGAUGAGUGGAGCUGAAAGCAUGUCUGUGCUGUUUGAUGCGUGCCAUCUUGCUGGACAACUGAAAUCAGUCGAAACGUGGAACGUGAUCAGCAAGGUCUGGGCGAGGAUGAUGAUGUACGCGGCUUGCCAAUGCACAGGCUACGAACACUCUGAGAGCCUGAGCAGAGGGGGAGAGCUUCUCAGCCACAUUUGGCUUCUCAUGGCGCAUCUCGGCAUAGCAGAGCCGCUACCAAAUUCUGGGGCACCACACGUUACCAAACUGACCAUGGGGUAG